AUGUCAGGACAUUCAAUUUCUCAUAGAUUAACUAAACAACAACUGGAAAGAGUUAGAGAAAUGACUGUUUCAGGUUCACGUUCUAGGAAAAUUGUAUCAACUCUUAGACAAAAUGAUGAAUUAACAUUAGUAACUAAUAGAGAUAUUUACAAUGCACGUGAACAACUUCGUCAACAAUACCUGGCAGGACGAACACCAAUUCAAGCAUUAGUUGAUAAGCUUCAAGAGGGAGAUCUUUAUCAAGUCCGUAAAACAAUAUCUUUGGCAAUAAUCAAUCAAAAAAAAGAAAUUGAUGCAAUGAUUGCAUCUGAACGUAUUCGAUUUCCAGCUUUUGUUCAUAAUAAUCUAUUUUAUGCCAAUGUUAAGGAAAUGAUAUCAACUUUUGCUCUUAAAAAAAUAAAUGAGCAAUAUCAAAAGAUCAACAAUACUGCUAUAGAAACUCUAUUACCAUGUACUGAAUCAUUUUCGAAUACGAUGGGAUUACCUUGUGCUUAUAUUAUUCAACAUCUUGGAGAUAAAAAUUUAACAUUAGAUAAUAUUCAUAAGCAUUGGUGGAUUAAUGAAUAUAUACAAACAUCAUCAACGUUACCGAUUAAUAGAAAUAAAAAUUUGAUUGAAUCUCUUUUACAAGAUCUAAAAAAUAGAUAUCAAAAUUGGCCUGAAUAUCAACAAGUAGCUGUACAAAAAUCAAUAAGCGAUAUAAUUAAUACACCAUCAGUUAUCUUACAAAAUCCUCAAAUUAUUCGUACUAAAGGACAUCCUUCUGGUUCUUCUAAUAAUCGAUCAACAAAUUCAACAAAAAGAGAUCCUUCUGGAUUUGAAUUUAUAGAAUGCAAA